UUUUCAUUGAUCUCUUACGUUUCAGAGUAAACAUGUAACCAAGGUUUUGCUGUACUAAGGAAAAGGAGCAUGCGAAAACUGCUCCCGUUACUUAGGGUGUUCUGUUGUGGCGGCCUUGGCCGGGGAUUUGGCGGUCCUCCAGCAGGUCUUACGCCUGCCAUGGGAUCCAGCACAAAAAUGCAACGUCGGAGGCUACCGAGUGAGUACCCAACCACGAACGAUGGUACCACGAGACCUAAGCUCCUCGUUUCAUAUGCGACCAACACGGACGAGGCCAAGAUACUCGACGCCGUCGAGGACGGCGUAAACGUUAUAUGCUGGUUUGCUGCCGACUUGCGAGUAGUUGAAAACGCCACUACUGGGCAAGAGAACAAAGACUCAGAAACACGUAUUGUGGAAAAACUAAUCGAGGAUUCUGAUUCGACAUCCAUGCGAAAACAUCAUCAUCGUGAACUUGCUGAGAAGGAGGACACGGAGCACAUCACUAAAAACAAGUCUAACAAACAAUAUAGUUGGCAUGACAUACGCAUUGAUUUCAGGCCUGAAGUCGGAAAAGUUGCCAAGAUUGCUUUAGAGAUCCAGAGCAAAUAUGCAAAUCGUCACGUGAGACACCUAGUUGUCUUUGGUGGCUGGAACGCGCCGCACAUCGUCUGGCCUAGUACUAUGGAAGAGGACCUCCAAAGUUCUUUGACAGGGGAGGACUUUUUUCGAGCUUUCGACGUUUGGAACCGCGAUAUUGUGAGUCGUGGGGAAUAUUAUGACAAGCAGGUUGUACAAAUUUACAGACAUACGCCUGCCUGUGUUUCUUACUUUGAUCUUGAUUUUGCAUGAUUGUCAUGUAGCUCUAGCUCCACGUUGGGUGAGCUACGACUGGAAGCACUAACAAGGUGAGUAGUCGUUGUAGUUUGUAAUUGUAAUCGUCGCUACUGAUGCGACUUUCUUUUUCUAAACAAACGGAUGGGAUGGCUUUGAUGGCAUCGACUGGGACUGGGAGGGCCAUGAUAACCGUGACGCAGCGACGAGCAUUUUCUCGCGGUAUACGUUGGACGUCAUGGGACAGAUGAUUAUGCAACUUGUUUGUGUACUCGAGUUUGCCGUCAUAGUACUAAAUUAUUUUUGCAAUAUUAUUUCGUUUUCGAUAGCCACAGCUAGGUGGAGGUUUCGAUUACCACACCUCGUCUAAUACCAGCGUGGCGGCAAAAAAAGCCGGCUACAUAGUCGCUAUGGCACCUGCGCAGAGCUAUCUCGAUCCACGUUGUUGUUGUACUCGACCUGGAAGCAACGACCUGACAGGCACUGGUAUGGGAGAGGGCAAUUUGAUACUACAUUCGGUUUGAACUUUAAGUAGAUAUUUGGAAAGAUUUCCAUUUGUUUUUGUUCCGUGUUUCUGUGCAUCUCGCAUGCUUUAUUUCUACUCCUGGAAAAGACAAAACAGGCUAGAUCUUCUGCUCUAGACUUCCUUCAUAAAUCGAUCUCUCUGCGAUUUUUCAUUCUCGCUGAAGCUGCCACCCGCACCGGUAAAAUGGCAUCCUGAGUUUAAGCAUCAGGGCCGAAAUUGUUACGCCUAUGCUUUAGGGAAAUACGGAAAGACAGUUAAGGUGAGUUCCUUGAAAAUGUGUUCGUGAGUAGUCAGGGUUGCUGAAAUUCUCUUUUUCUCACGCUCCAUCCCUGGUGGUUGUGGUAGCGACGGCACGACCUCUAGAGAAAACAUCAAACUCUAAAAUAUUUCUCGAUGAACAUGGAGCUGGAGGAAACGAUUAUGCUCCUUCCGACGAGUUGACAACAUCCGGAGUACCGCCAGAUGAAGGUCACACGCAAGACCGACAGGUCGUCGUGGAUACCUUUGAUUUCGUUUCACUGCAGCUCUACGAAACCAACUCGUUGGCCCUCUAUGAAACCCAUAACAACACUGUAGACGUCGGCAGUUACUUAUCCGCAUUAGCAUCGGACUUCUCGCGCGGCUUCCGCAUUCGUAUACCAUCUGACAGCGAGGAAGAUGUUACUACAAUUACAAAUAGCAUGCUGCAACAAGAACAAGAAAAACAGAAACGGGGACAUGACAUCAUUAGCGCCGUGCAGCAAAGCCAAAGAGGCGUUCAUCUUGAGAACAAAGAGCAAUCCUUUACCAGCGACGAGUCGUGGGACGUCAGUAUAGAUACCAAGACGCAGUUAGUGUGGGGCUUCUCUUUUGGACCGAAAAGCCGGGAACAGGCGUUCUACUUUGAUCACUUCCGACAGAUCGACUGGAGCGAAGUCGCCGGCGCAAUGUUUUUUAUGAAGAUAGACUGACGUUUCAGUUACCAGUUCCAUGACUUUGAGUAUACGUUUGGGUCCUAAAGAGGUUUCAAAUAUCUUCCUUGCUAGCUAUAUGAUUCACGAAAAUAUGCCGAUACUAGAUUAGAUCAUAGUUGCAUGUAGGACGAGAUGGACAUAGACGUAUGGUACGUGGUUACCUAACAUUAAAUAUAUUUGUCAGAAAUGCAUGUUCACUUUCAGAUCUUGAAGUGAGUAUCAAACAGUUUCAAAUCCCAUUAUCCUCUUUUUCGACGUCGCCGCUUUCUCCCACUCCUCCCUGGCACGCUUCAUGUUCCGGGAAAUCGCGUUGGACAAGACAGGGUUUGAAAAUGAGACGGAAAGAGAUCCCUCCAAGUGGCUCCACAUGGCUAAGGGAUUACACGAUGCGAUGACAGCGUAAGCAAGGGAUGGCGAGUUUUUAGCUAGAGGACUUUAUGAAUGCUGGCGCGGUUUGGUCAUAAAGUCAGCGAACAACUUCGUCACUCUUCUUGAGCUAGAAGCGUCUCCUUUUGAUACGGAUUUCCUUUUCAUACAGAAAUGCGGCUGUAUGUCGAAGAACAAAACAAUUCCUUAUACCAUAGAUACAGCAUUACAUAUCGGAAUAAGCAGAAUACUACGCAUAGUUUAGAUGAAAGUUCUAUACUGAAACAAUGUGAAGAGAAGAAACAGGGCGGGUGGUAUUGCCUUGUGGUGCAAAAUUUUGG